CGCUGAUCGGAAAGUACGCCGGAGUAAUUUGAUGAGUGAUUGACUUCGAUUUGUAGCUGAGUGUGUCACUGUUUUAGUGUUUGAGGAAGAAGCUUACGAGUGUGUGAAGAGAAAAAUGCCGAGGCCUGGACCUAGACCUUACGAAUGUGUGAAACGAGCUUGGCAUAGCGAUCGUCAUCAACCUGUUCGUGGUUCAAUUAUUCGUCAGAUUUUCAGGCUUGCCAUGGAAGCACAUAGCGCGGCGACGAGGAAGAACAAAGAAUGGCAGGAGAAAUUGCCUGUGGUUGUGUUAAAAGCUGAAGAAAUCAUGUACUCUAAAGCCAAUUCCGAGGAAGAGUAUACAGAUGCUGAUACUAUGUGGAAUAGAGUAAAUGAUGCCAUUGAUACAAUUAUUAGGAGAGAUGAGAGUACAGAAACUGGUCCUCUGUUACCUCCUUGUGUUGAAGCUGCUCUUAAUUUGGGAUGUAUUGCUGUAAGAGCUUCAAGAAGCCAACGACAUAGUAGCGUAAGGACUUACCUCGGUCCAAAACUUCAGGAAUCUGUUUCGGCGACGACUAAUGAGCCGCCGUACCAUCAUGAAUAUCAUCAGCAAGCUCAACAAUCAUCCAUCAAACCAAGCCAGACAGCUCAAGCUGCAAUCCCUGUGGAUUUGCUUGAUAACAGCAACAAGCGUGUAGCUACUCCUCGUGGUUACCCGUUUCUACAUGAAUCCAUGCAGAUGCAUCAAAAGCCAUUGGCAAUAAGACAAGGAACUAGCACUGCUCCUGGUCCUGCUCCAGCUCCAGUCAACUUGGGUUCGGUCUAUCCUUUGUAUUACGGAGGUAAUAAUCAGACUCAGCAAGCCGACAUGCCUUUCAGAGUCCCUGAAGCUCCCAUAAUCAUUGGCAUGCCUAUUGGUAUAAAGCCCCCAGAAGAAGCAACAGAGAGGGUCUGUGAUUUAUCCUUGAGGCUUGGUAUAUCUUCAGAACCGUCUACAAGAAUAGAUAUCGGGUCUAGUCGGGCUUACCCGGGAAGAAACCAAGAAGAGUUAUGUUUAUUCUCAGAGGUAAAGAAGAAUGAUAGGUUUGACUGGUUUUCAAAUAGUGAAGGUCAGAAUUCAGAUUCGAGAGUUAAAAAGCACAAAACUUUGUGUGGAGAUUUCCUUUAGGACUUGCUUAGUUGUUGUUACUCAAAUCUUGUAAAAGCUUCAGGUUUAUUGGUUUGAUAUUUUGUUGACUCUACUAGUCUUAGCUUUAGCUUCAGUUUUUAAAAUAAAGAUCCCUGGAUUGA